CAAAAGUAAGCAAUCAAAGUCAAACAGACUAACGUCAGAAUCAUAUGUUUACAAAAUAAAGCUAAAACAUUGUUUCAGAUAAAUAGAAUAUGGAUAAUAACGUUAAUUUAGUUGCGUCAAGAAAAAAGAAAAAUAAACGUAAAAGAAAAAAUGCUUUUGCUAUGAGACGUCCACAGGCACAACCACCCGCCACAGAUCCCGCUGCAACUCUUCGGGGUCUAAAGACUAUCGCUAAUUUACUUCAUAUACAUCAACAAUUAGCUCUAACUGGACCCAGACCUAAUUAUGUAUCUGACAAUCCAAGACCGCUAAUGUCUGGACCUAGAGUUUCAAAACCAAUGUUUUCAGGACAUAAAAUGCCUGGUUUUUUUAAACCAGGAACAAUGACAAACACAUUUACAUCUACUGAUUCACAAAGUACAGACAUAGAAAUAAAUAAGUAUACACCUGAUAUAGAUGACAAUAAAUUUAUUAAUUCUCCAUCACAAAAAGAUACAUCUGUGGAUAUUGAAACCCAAAUCUCAAAUCCACAUGAAUCUCAAUGUCAAAAUGCAAUUAUGAAUGCCAAUAAGCCAGCAUUCAAAUCAGAUUUAAAUAGCACAGGAUAUUAUGAAUCACAAAAUUUAGAGGCUACUGAAAAACAAAAUUUUAAAAAUGAUGCUAUUGAUAAACCUUAUGAUUUAAAAAAAGAACAGUCAAAGAAAAUAACUUUAAAAAAUUAUUCAAGAACACAAGAUAAUCAAUUUGAUGACUUUGAAAUAUAUAACAAUCCAUCAUUUAUGAGUUUUGAAACAACAGAUGAAGUGGUUGAUUUAAAUGAUGAUGAACUUAUUGUAAAUCGCACAAUUAAUGACACAAAACAAAAUGAGAAUCAAAACAAAAAUAAUAGUCUCCAGCAAAAUGUGAAAUCAAAUUUUCAAAUAAAAUUGCAAGAGCAAUAUGCUAAAAAAUUAGAAAUGAGAAACAAAUCUGAGCCAAAAACUGGUCCAGAACUCGAAAGCCCAGUAACAAACAAUCCUUUACAGCUACAAGAUGAAGCAAAGAAGAAAGCAAACAAAGAACUACUUGAAGGCCUCUCUUCUGAUAUUAAGAGAGUUGUGCAAGAUAAUAUAAAGACAAACUUGCAAUGGCACAUUUUUGGCACAAAUCCUAUCGCUCCAUCAGUGUCAAAACGAUUUCCAGCAGGUAUUCCAAAAUCAUUCUUACAACUGGAUAAGUAUUCAGAGCCACAGCAACAAACUUAUUCCGAAGACCCUAGUACGUCAAAUACUCCAAAAGUCGAUAGGAUGCCAAAUACGAAUUUACAUGACCCACAAAUGUUGGGUCAAACUGUAAGCCAACCUCAAGUAUAUUCGCCUACCGAUAUCUAUCAGGAAACUAGGAGUCAGGAAGAUUCUCAAGAUGGUUCAGAAUCAUCGGAUGUAUUGGAUGCAGGUAGUAAACGUGUGAGCGCUUUCCAAAGAUUAGGACCUUUGGCUCAACCGAAGAAACAGAAACUAACGAUAAACCUAUGCUUGAAUAAGGAAGAAGCUGUUAGAGAAGUGAUAGAUGAGACACACAAGGACAUCCGCGAACAAGAAUACAUCAAAAAUAGUACUGACGAUAUCGUUUUAAAGUAUCUUCCAUACUGGCCGUGGAGUAAACCUAUAGCUCUAAAGAAGAGCGUCACUGCGAGGCGCUCUAAGACGGUAAUGAUGAUGGAGAAAGAACAAAUGGAAGAAAUAUAUGAUAAGGAUAACUCCUUAAUCAUGCUAUCGGUAACGGGAUAUCCGCCAUCUUGGACGAAAGAGGUCUUAUUGGAUGUGCUCUUAGAUCAUUUAAAAGAGAAAACUUUCAUACCAACUUUUAUUGAGUUCACAGCGAAGGAAUGCAAGUUCUUCGUGUUCCGCUGCCGCGGGGCCUUAGUGGCGAUACAUUGCCUUGGGUUCACGAUAAAGAAGGACGACGUCGAAUUAUCAAUUACAAUAUCGCAAACGCAAUUAACAGACAAACAGGUAGACUUCGUACCGCGACUCGUUUUGAGGAAACGACUCGUGACGUUAUGCGAUGGAGAGAAAGUUGAUCUGAGCCAAUUUACUCUGAAAAAAGAUAUAAGUCAUUUCAUAUACUUCCCUUUAAAUCGUAUGUACAAUCAGUCGGAGAUUAUACAGAUACAAAGUGACGUGAGAUGGGAGUAUUUGACAGAACUCGAUCUAUCAUCCAAUAGGCUAACCUCAAUAAAAGGAUUUCAUCUGCAAACGACAACGCCGCAUUUGAAAGUUCUAAAUUUAUCCCAUAAUUAUUUAGAAAGUGUCCUAGUUUUACUGCCGUGUAAACAUUUGCCUUUGAAAAAACUUAUAUUGGAAGGGAAUCCCCUUUGUAUGGAUUAUAUAGAACCAGAUCAUUAUCUGAAGGUUGUAAGGACUAUUUUCCCCGGCUUAAGAGAAUUGGAUGGAGUACAAAUUACCUUAAAAGGGGAUUUACCGAGAUUCUUAAGUAAUUAUUGCCCAGAAGACGCCCAUCCUAUAGUGGAAAAGUUUCUAGAGGUAUUCUUUCCACUUCUAGACUUAGAUAACGAUAAAAGACAAUGUAUCCAGGAUAUGUACGUGAGAAAUGCGGUUAUGACAAUAACGUGUAGAAGCAAACUACGUUAUGAAUCAGCCUACAAGCAUAUGCGCAACUUCUCAAUAAAAAGUCAAAACUUUCUUGAAGGGAAUAUAGACUGUGUGGAGGGCGUCAUAAAUAUUGGAAAACUUAUCAGAAAAUGGCCGCAAACAAAACACGAUCCGACGACUUUCACAACUGACGUUCUAUACCACGACGAUAAUUCAACCAUCUUUAAAGUAGCUGGUAUUCUAAAAGUAACCGCAGAAUCCUUAGCAGAAGAAGAACCUCUGAUGGCAUUCUCUCGUACAAUAGUUCUAAUUACUGAUAAUGGUUGUGAAUAUAAAAUACGGAAUGAACUGGUGUAUUGGGACGAACCGACUAAGGAAUAUUCUAGCAUCGCCUUCAAAACUGUUAUGAUUCCAAGGAAAACAAUAAAUCUUAAAUUUGAGUCAAUCCCUGAUGAUUAUACUAAAAAGCGACUUGUAGCUGUAUUUAUGACGGUGACGGAACUUGAAGCAAAACCAAGCGAAAGGUGUUUGGAAUUAAAGAAUUGGCAUUUUCAACAUGCAUUGGAAUACUUCAUGAAACUAUUAAAAUUAGACAACAUUCAAUCAUUACAUGUUUAAUGUGUAAAUUAAAACAAACAUAAUAUAGAGGCAUUAUAGAAGGAAGGAGGGUCUUUAAAAAAAACACUUUUUAUUGUACUAUUAAUAAUUUCAAUGAAAAAUAAAUUGUAAGAAAUAGAAACCACA